CUCAAAAUGGCCGACCUGUGAGUAGUGGUACUGUAGACUUGCAGCUUCAAACGUCAUUUCUCGAUCUCGUGUGUGUCUAGUUUUGUGUUUCGAUCCGCUAAUAUGAUAUCUUCGAUCGUCUCGCGAAUAGUUAUAUUGGUCUUUGGUACACUUUAUCCAGCUUAUGCAUCUUACAAGGGAAUACGAACAAAGAACGUCAAAGAAUACGUAAAAUGGAUGAUGUACUGGAUCGUAUUCGCACUUUUCACAUGUGCAGAAACCUUCACAGACGUAUUUUUUAGCUUUUGGUUUCCAUUUUACUACGAGAUAAAAAUUAUCUUGGUAUUAUGGCUAUUGAGUCCGGCGACAAACGGGUCGAGUAUUCUCUACCGACGUUUUGUCCAUCCAGCUCUGAGUCGUCGAGAGGCAGAAAUCGACGAAGCUCUUGCUCGAGCAACUGAGCAAGGUUACACUGCUGUUCUACACUUGGGCAGCAGAGGUGUAAACUAUGCCACCACUGUUCUUAUGCAGACUGCAAUAAAGAAUUUGCCGAAUGUCUCCCCAAACGCAACAAAGAGUAUCCUCCCCGCCAGCCAAUCAGAAUCGGCGCUUUCUAGCUUAGCCAGCCCCACGGAAACGCCGCCAAAGGAGUCCAAGAACGAUUCCCCAGACGGUGUGCGCACACGUAGAAGACGUAUUAAAAGCGACAAUAACCCCGUGAUAAAGAUCGAGAGAAUGUCAUCCGCCACUGAUCCUUCCACGGACGAGGAUUUUGAAUUGGAAAUUGAGAACGAAAGCGAAAACGAUGAUCAAGCCUUGAUCCAAGACCCCGAUUUUAAAGUUCCCAAGAAGAGGGGCCGCAAACCCAAAAAGGAGCGUGCACGAUCAACUUCCAGAAAACGAAAAACCAGAUCCACGAAGGACGAUAAAAGCGAUGCUGAAUUUAGCGAUGUUGUCGAUUUUGAUUUCGAACCUCGUCGAAGAGAACGUGUAGGCAGGAGAGGAUAUAGUCCUAGGAGAACUCAAUCUUCGCAUAACAGAGUCGAUAUGUACUUCUCUGAAGUAGAUGUUGAAGUAAGACAGCCAAGGUCUGACGAGCCUAUAGUUAGUUUAAAUAAUAUUAGAUCAUCUGAAGACAUAUCCAGCGGAUACAGCAGUGGUGAGGCUCUGCACAAUCAUCGAGGAUCGGCUCAUAGUGAAGCUCUCGUCAGGACAGCGAGUGUCGGUGGAAGAACGCGACUAAAGCCACGUUCGACUACGAAAAAAGCACCCGAGGUAGAAGAAGAGGACUCUGACCACAACAGUCUUCCGUAUCGAGAUCAACUUCCUUUACCUGAUCCCCCGACAUUCCUCAGCGCCGAUCAGGCGCUGAAACUCCUUUCAUUCCUCUCUCAACAUCUGGCAUGUAAUGAUUUUCUAAACAUAAACACCAAUUUUUCUAAAACUCAAGAUUCCUCCGACGCUCAGUCGACAAGGAAUCUAAAAUUCUUCAUCCCUGACGAGGGAGAGAACAAAAAGAAACUUGAGGAUGAAACUUCGGUUUCAAAUAGAAAUGUCGCUUAUUCAAUUCCCAAAAUAGUAACACCCGAAAACGAAAACGAAUCCCACCAAAAAUCAAGUACCGAAAUUGACAUGGGCAAACUCACAGAUGAUAUUUGUAAGGAGAAGUUUGAUGAAUUGAAGAAGCUCCUAAAAGAUGCGCAUAAAGCUGUUUCUAAUAUAGUUUCUUCUCAAGAAGGCCUGAGUAAAUAUGAUUCUGACGAAGAAAAUAUUGAUGUUGAUGACGAUGCUGGUCAUGGAAAGAACCUAGUGCAAACUUACGGCAGUAUUAGUGCUCUGGAAGUUUGGUCAACACCUAAUAUAUCGAGAAGUAAUUCAGACAAUGAACUUCGAGCAGGAAAGUAUCAUAAAAAACCAGCACCAAGGGCUCCAACUUCUAAUUCCGUUGAAGAUCUGGAGGAUGCGGAAUCAGAGAAAGCUUUGAAGGCAACUUUGGUUAUCAAAACUGGCACGUUGAAGAGCUUCACUGAUUCUGGUGAUACGCAAAAAUUAAGAAGUAGAAAACCGAACAAGGCAAAGACGAAAGAUGGAUUUUCGAAACUUCUCACUAUUCCAAAAAAUAUCUUUCAUAGUGCCUUGCACAAGGAUCAGAAGGACAAAGCCAGGCACGAUGAUUCCAGUCCGGCAACGUCAGACUGCAGUGACAACAGGUCGAGAUCAUCAAGUAUAAGUUCAGAAAAUACACUAACUGAUAAUACACUCUCGACUUCGAAAGAACUGAACACUGAAAAAUAUAUGCCAAAGAUUGAGAAAGCCAAGACUGAAGAGAAAAGUGAUUAUGUAGAUUUUCCAAAUGAAAAGACUGUUAUAAGAACAGACGAGAAAAAUUGUACUGAAGCUACACAAAGCUCUGGGAGUGCAGAAAUGUUCAGAGAAAGAUUCAGAAUUAGGCAAAUGUCUCAUUCUCCAACUCGUGGAACGAGGAAAACUUUUGAGUGACGAAAAUAAUUGAGGUUUCAAACUCUAUGAAUAUAAAUUGAAAAAAGUAUUUAAAUCGUGCCUCCCUUCCCAUCAUUGAUAUGCUCCUUCUUUCUUUGAAAUAGCUCAACGAUCUCUGCCAAUGAAAAGGAUUGUUCUUGUCUAUACC